AAUAUAAUCACCUCAAGAUGACAAAGGGACGUGUACAAUGGGAUGAAGCUAAUAUAGUGGAAAUCGAAUCCAACAAACCUGUUAGGCAGAAGAUUACCGAACCAAAGACACCCUAUCACCCACCCUAUCACCCCAUGAUUGAUGACGAUGAUGGUUCGCUGUCUUCUAGAGUAAGAUCGUUUGACAACUUUGUUGAAAUGCAUCGUGCGGAAGAACUAAAGAAUGAUCUGAACGAUUUAGCUUCUUCUAGUAAAAUUAUCAACCACUUAUCUGAUUCUGGUGACUUGAGCUCGUCAGAGGAUGAAGCAGAUCCAGUGGAUGAAAAUGAAGAAGGUUCUGAGGGCGAGAAAAACGCAAGCUUCAACGAACAUAGACGGGUGCACUAUGACGAGUUUAGAAUGGUGAAAGAGUUGAGAUCCUCUGGCUCUUUCUAUGGUGAAGAUGCAGAAGUGGAUGAUGGUGCCAAAACGGGUAAACCAGAUGCAACAAUCACACAAAACACUCCAAGUGCUGCAGAUGCUAUAUCUUCAGGGAAGUCAUCUUCUCCCUCUACUUGAUGAACAUAUUGUCACACUAUGGUGUAAUAACUCUGGAUUAUACAGAAGUUCUAACUUUUUAUUUAUAAGAUUUUUUUAAAUGCUAGAUAAUUAUA